CUCGUUCGUUUGCAAUAUUGAAUGAGCGCUGGCCCGCGAACAAUUUGGCCUCAACAAACUACUACUACUUAUCCAUUUGCGCAACUCCAUUUCUAUUCGUUGGUUUGGGUGAGCAUCCACUGACAGCAUGGUUCAAUUCAAUACCAGCAACAAGGUCUACCGGUCGGUCUUGCUCAGCAUCGCCAUUACAACAUUCAUUACCCUUCUUUUCUUUCUUGCACACUCCGAACGGGUCAAUGGCUCACUAAGUCAACUCAAACUUGGAAGCUUCGCAUCAUCUCAAUGCUCGUCGCCAGCCGAGGCAAAUCUUUCAGAAUCGUCCACCCCCUUCACCGUGACAGUGACGGCAGUGUCAACGCCUUCAGCAACACCAAUGCGGUCGAUACUUCCUCCCAAGAAAGGCAAUCCAGACCUCCUCAAGGUGGUACCCUCGUAUACCAAAGCCAUAUUCGAUCCCCACGACAACACUUUCGAAAGGCUGGACUGCCCGCUCACGGCCUCACUCUCAGAACGCUACGCAUACCUCCAGACACCACCUUCGUCCUCUCGCCGGAAAUACUUCUUCGCGCUCGAUCUCUACCAGAUCGCCGACAUACUCCCCCAGCUCAUGGGCAGUAUAAUGCAGGCCAUAUCGUUCCUGGGACCACACAACUGCGUACUUUCCAUUGUGGAAGGGCGCUCUACAGAUGGCACCUAUGAAAUAUUACGCUCACUCGCGCCUCAACUAGAAGCCCUUGGCGUCCCGUACUUUCUGCAGGAGUCUGGUCUUUCGCCCCAACGAGCAAACCCAGAGCGCAUCGUUCUCCUCGCCGAACUCCGGAACCUCGCCCUGCGAGACUUAUACGAGCGCCCCGACAGCUACGCCCCCGACACCACCAUCGUCUUCUCCAAUGACGUGUACAUGUGCGCUGAGGACAUCUUGGAGACUGUGCACCAGCGGCUCUUCCAGAAAGCGCACAUGACGUGCGGUAUGGACUGGGCCAACAGCUCGAACCCGGAGCUGCCCCGGUUGUACGACACGUGGAUCGCGCGCAGCAUGACGGGCGACACCUUCUACAAAGACAUGUUCGACUGGGACAAGGGCUUCUUCCCCGAUGACCCCGCGACGCUCGCGCGCUGGAACAAGUCCCUCCCCGUGCAGGUCUUCUCGUGCUGGAACGGCAUCGUGGCGAUCACGGCGGAGCCAUUCAUGGACGGCACGCUGCGAUUCCGCGGGGUUGAGGGCGCAGACAGAGAGAAGAAAGACGAGGAGUGCUACCAGGGGGAGCCGAACCACUUGACAAAGGAUAUGUGGUAUUUGGGGUACAGCCGGAUCGCUACGAUACCGACGAUUACGACGGCAUACACCUACUGGGACGCGCGCAGCACGAGGGAGCGGAGAGGCUCGGUGGCGCAACACGUGCUGCUGUUGAAUGGCACGGCGGAGGAAACCAUCACAUGGCAGAAGGAGCCGCCGAGACAGUUCCAUUGUAUCCCUGCAGGGCGAGAUCCCGAGUGGGUGCCGUGGGAUCAGGGGUGCGCAGCCAUCUAUGGGACGAGGAGACCGGCGCUGGAGGUAUCUUGAGUGCGAGGUUUGCGUGGACUGGCGAAGUGUAUGAUAGUCGUUUCGUUUCCUAGUUUCUUUGAGAUACCCAGGUUUACAGGAGCUUCUCGAACAGAUCUGCAAUACUGAGA